AAACUGGAGGGGCGAAGCUUCGUUCAAAAUCGGUAUUAUCAUCGCUUCGCCAUUCUUGUUCCAAUCGGCGAAGUUUACGAAGGCGUUUGAGCGAAGAUGUCCCGAUCGCUGGUGCAGCCGAUCGGACAGAAGAGGCUGACGAACGUGGCGGUUGUUCGUUUGAAGAGACACGGUCUGCGCUUCGAGAUCGCUUGUUACAAGAAUAAGGUCCUUUCUUGGCGCUCUGGCGUGGAGAAAGAUUUAGAUGAGGUCUUGCAAUCGCAAAUUGUUUAUUCAAAUGUUUCGAAAGGAGUUCUUGCAAAAACCAAAGAUUUAAAAGCAGCUUUUGAUACAGAUGAUCAGGCGGAAAUUUGUUUGAAGAUUCUUAAAGAAGGGGAACUUCAAAUUGCAGGGAAGGAGAGGGAGGCUCAAUUAUCUAAUCAGUUUCGUGAUAUUGCAACCAUUGUUAUGCAGAAGACCUUCAAUCCUGAAACUAAACGCCCUUACACGAUUAGUAUGAUUGAGCGACUCAUGCGUGAAAUUCAUUUUGCUGUUGAUCCAAAUCACAGCUCGAAGAAACAGGCAUUAGAGGUCAUUCAUGAGCUCCAGAAACAGUUCCCAAUUAAACGUUCGCCUAUGAGAAUACGAUAUACUGUACCUGAACAGAACUUUCCAUCUCUCCUUGAUAAGUUGAAUGCCUGGAGUGCUAGUAUCAUUUCCAAUGAUCCGUCUGGAAAUCAGCAACGAAGCAUUAUUUGUGAAUUGGAUCCUAGCUUUUAUCGAGACUGUAAUCCUUUAAUGAGCGAACUGCAAGGCAAGUUUGAAGUUCUCUCUUUCUGUUUGCACGAGGAAGGGGACACCAACGUGGAUCAAUACGACGAUGACGAUUUUGAGAAUGUGGAGCUGCCACCCCGACACGUCAAGGAAUCAGAAUCAGCUAUUCCUCAGCUAAGCGAAGCUUUACAAAAACAGGCAAUCUCUGUCGAUGGCGGGAAUACCGUAAAGGAGGGAAAACGCUGCAGCACAUGCAACGUAGUCGUGGGGGAUGCUAUUCAGUUUAGAGAGCAUCACAAGAGUGAAUGGCAUAAGCAUAACGUCAAGCGCAAAACCAAGAAUCUCCCUCCUUUAACCGAAGAAGAGUGCAUGGUAGAAAUAGCUAUGGGCGACUCAGAGUCCGACCUGAAGGAGUAUUCAUUUUGAACUUCCUACUGUUUAACGCUUGUCGAGUUAGUAUAAGCUUUUUUGGUUUACAUCGAUUUGGUACGAAAGGAAAAUACAGUAAUUGGCUAGUCAUAGGUAAUGCUCAGCAGUCACAAUGGUGUGUUUCAAUCUCGGUUUUCAUAGUUUUCUCUGUUUUGAGAUUUCAGUGAUAUACAUAUACCUUAUCUACGACACGAAGUAGCCUUUUCGUACGCUA